AUGGUGCGCUGCACCUCGACGGCACUCGCGGCCUUUGCAGCCACGCACUAUGUCGCCGUGGGGCUCAGGUCGGAGCACCAUCCGGUGUUGUGGCACGAGAACCCGACGAGCUCGGUCCAGAAGCUUCAGGAGCUGCUGAGGACCAGCUUGGCGGCCACAGCCACAGCUGAAGGCAGCGAGGAAUUUCGUGGCGAUGCCGAGGGACAGGAGCUGACGCUUAGAGAGCUGGUCUCCCGCAUCAGGGAGGGCUGGCAGGGCGCCAGCGCAAGUGUUUGCCAUCAGCAGCUGGGGCGCGUGAUGAACAACCUCACCGUUGCUUGUGAAAACUUGAAGCCGCAAGCCGACAGUAUUCUCGCCUACCUUCCGGACUCCUACGCCCUCCCUAACAAGACCUGCGCGGAGAGCGUCAGCGACGUCUUCGCGUUGGGGAGCGAACUCGUGGAGACGCUUCGCGUCUCUAGAGAUGCUGUAGCCUCUCUCGAUAUGGACAACAAGACUCUCCGUCGAUACCAAGCACUCUCCUUUCUGAGGAGCUGGCUGGUGAACUUGACCGAGACGCAGCAUCACGCGCUGCUUUGGGCCGGCUUCUGGGAUGGGGACCCCGAGAACAACCGCACGACACUCGAGAAUCUCUCCAACUUUGCCAGGGCCACAGAGCACGCGACCGUCCACCCUGAUAGCUUCUUGGGCCAAGCCAUCGAUGCGAGCGGGAACCUCGACGCCUGUUACGAGGACAGCCAGACAAGUGCCCUGGCAGGGAACAUGUGGUCGAUCGCAAGCAUGAGCUUCGUGCUCGGAAUGCGCGAAGGGGCACAGGGAACGAUCGUCGCACUGGUGAAUAAGCAGAUCUCAGGGGAGCGUAACUUGUCGCAGUCCGUGCUGUCCACCCAUGAAAUCCCCACAGUGGGGCUCGCAGCCUGGGGCCUCGGUUUCUGGUCUCCGCAAGUGGUGGUUGUGGACCUCAUGGGCAGGUGCGACGAAACGAGCCCAGCGCUGCAGAAUCGGCUCCUCGCCCGCCUGCCCUCUUGGGCCAAGUCUAUGACGAGCUGGAGCCCAGAAGCCUUCGCGAUGAGGGCACGGCUCCGGUGGCAGUGCAUCGACUGCUCGGGCGCUUGCAGCCUGGACGAGGCCUUGGCAGAGCACGUGGAGAAACUCAUGCAGGCCAAAGUGGAGCAGGACCGGAAGGACCGGGAACUCCGGGAGGCCGUGGACCAUCGCUGUCAGCGAGCGGCCCCGGCUGAGACCGGUCUCCCCAAAGAUGCUGCAAUGCUGUUGCUUGAUCAUCUGAAGCGUUCGCUGUUGAAGCCAGGCUUCGGCAAGAUGGGAGAGGUGUCCCAAGUGCUGCGCAAAUUGCCGGAGGAGCUGCGACACCCAGUCUCGCAGGUUGAGCUUGUAAAUGAGGAGCGCGACAGCCCUGAGAGGCAGCUGCAGGUGGAGCGACUCCUGCGCGAGGAUGCAGAUCCGAAUGCUCUGAGCAGGCUCGGCAACACAGCCCUCUCAUGCGCUGCAGCCUAUGGACACCCGGAGCUGAUUGGGCCCUUGCUGGAUGCCGGAGCCCAGCUGGAGGUCCCCAACCGGUUCGGCACCACCGCCCUCAUAGGUGCCGCAGAAGCAGGCCACCUGGAAGCGGUCGAGGCUUUGGCAAAGGCCCGGGCCCAGCUGGAGGCUCGCAACGAGCAAGGCGACACAGCCCUUACGGUCGCUGCAAUUUUUGGCCGCCUCAACGUGGUCGAAGCCUUGGUAAAGGCCGGAGCCCAGCUGGAGGCACGCGAUGAGUUUGGCGAAACACAACUCAUAAGUGCUGCAGCGGGCGGCUACCAGGAAGUGGUCGAGGUUUUGGUGAACGCUGGAGCUCAGCUGGAGGCCCGCACUGAGGAUGGCGGCACGGCCCUCAUCAUUGCUGCAGGAGCGGGCCACUUGAAGGUGGUCGAAGUCUUGGUGAAGGCUGGAGCCCAGCUGGAGGCCCGAGAUGAAGAUGACGACACGCCCCUCAUCCUUGCUGCACGCUCAGGCCACCUGAAGGUGGUUCAGGCCUUGGUGAAGGAUGGAGCCCAGCUGGAGGCUCGCGAUGAGUUUGGCGACACAGCCCUCAUGCUGGCUUCGAUCCGUGGCCACUUCGAGGUGGUCGAGUUCUUGAGGAAGGCUGGAGCCCUAGCAGCCCUAGCAUAA